AUGACUUUUCAGGUACUUCGGCUGCUCAGACAGGGCAUGUGGGCGGCAUUAACCGGAGGAUGGUUUCACGAUCCCGAGGAGAGUCAGUUUAAUAAUAUCUGCCAUUUGUAUUUAUGGUUAUUCCUGCUAUCGAUGCCUCUCAUGAUGCACCUGUGUUUGCCACCAACUAUGUUCACUUCAAGCCUCAGCUGUAGUCUCACGGCAGUGCUAUUUGCAGGAAUAAAACUAACAAAUUACUGGCUGCAUCAAAUGUUUGAUAAAGGAAUGGAGAUUCAUCAGAAGGAAAACCAGAAUAUAGCAAAGUUAAAGGAUAACAAGGAAAUCAACAGUGUCAAUAUCACAAUUAAUCCCGGUACUUUAAGCAUUAACAGUGAAGAAGCUGAUAAGAAAUCAAACAAGCUUGAUUUAACUGUGUCCAACCACAGCGGUGCAAAAUGGAAAGAUAGUAAUGGAAGCAGCUCCUCAGACUCAUUGGUGGUGAAGACACUGAACAGCUGUGAAGACAAAAAAGAGAAUGCCACAGAGGCAGGAGUUAUGGAAAAUGUGAAAAUUUGUGAAACACUUUCUGAAAAAUUCAUACCAUUGGAACAAAAUGAAGAAACUGAUGCUAGUAACAAUGGAAUUCCCUAUUAUGGAAAGUUGCUUUCGCAUAGCAUCGACCUUAACUCUGAAUCAAUGACAUGUUCAGAAAGCGAAGGGCCAUUUGUUGAUGAUCCCGAUGGGCUUUCCCUACAACAGCCAGCUUCGCUAAAUGCUGCAAAACAGAGCCUCUCUGAAACACCGAAACUUUUAAGAAACCCAAAAAGAAAUGUAUCGUAUACUGAGUCGUCACACUUUCCAUCAAAAGUAUUUUAUAAAUUCUGCAUUUUUCCAGAAAAAUGGAUGAAAAGUUGGUAUGAUCGACUGACUUUGUUAGCAUUGCUGGACAGAACUGAAGAUUUUCAAGACAACAUCAUAUGUAUAUUUUUAGCAGUCUUUGUUUCAUUUCUCGGAUUUAUGGUACUGAUGCGAGGCAUUUUUAAAGACUUUUGGAUAUUCCAGUUUUGUGUGGUUAUAGCUAGUUGCCAGUUUUCCCUUCUUAAGAGCGUACAGCCGGAUCCUGCUUCUCCAGUUCAUGGAUAUAACCAAAUAAUCACAUACAGUAGGCCAAUAUACUUUUGUAUGUUGUGCAGUCUUAUUUUGCUUCUGGAUGCUGGAUGUAAAAGUUCCAAAUUAGAGCAGAUCACAUUGUAUGGUAUAAAGUUAUUUACUCAUGAAUCAUUUCAAGUGAGUAGAGAUCAAGUUAUUGGGCUUGUAAGCGGUUUUCCAAUUUUAUCUCUGCUGGGGCUUUUUCCUCAAAUUAACACAUUCUUUAUAUACUUAAUGGAACAAAUCGAUACCCUGGUCUUUGGUGGUUCUGCCGCUGUUGGGUUUGCACCAGCGCUGCAUAGUUUAUUUCGAAGUAUUGUUGCAGUAGCCAUGCUUUAUGGAUUCUGUAUCUAUUCAUUAAUGGAACCCUGGGAUAAUCAACACAUUCCUGCCCUUUUUUCAGCUUUCUGUGGUCUUUUAGCUGCACUUUCUUAUCACCUGAGUCGACAAGGAAGUGAUCCCUCUGUUAUAAUAUCACUUAUAAAAACUAAGUUUCCACAACUUUUUAAUAGACCUCAGAAAAGUUUGAAAGAGGAAGAUGAUCUAUACCAAGCAAAUAUUGAGAGUUCAGUAAAAGAAAUUCUGAAGUCAGAUGUGUUUGUCUGUACUGUGGUUGCUAUUUUAUCAUUUGCAGUCAGUACUAGCACUGUAUUUUUGUCACUCAGGCCAUUUCUCAGUUUUGUGUUAUCUUGCCUCGCACUGACUGUAGGAUUUGUAGCACAUUACGUUCUUCCUCAGCUGAGAAAGCAUCACCCCUGGCUGCUGGUGUCACAUCCAGUUCUUCAGAGCAAAGAAAACAGACACAGAGACAUUUUUGAUGCUGCACAUGUAACAUGGUAUGAAAAAAAGAAUAUAUGGCUUCUUUAUGUGGAAAAAUACAUCUUGUAUCCAUCAAUUAUUUUUAAUGCUGUGACAACUGAUGCCUUUUCAGUCAGCAAAAAGCCACGACUUGGAGUGCAAUGUGAUGCCCUUUUCAUAUCAAUAGCUGGUAUAAAGCUGAUGAGAUUGUCCUUUUGUAACCCAUGCCAUCAGUUUAUAACUUUAGGAUUCACAAUCCUUUUUUUCCAAUUUGAUUACCGCGGUAUUUCGGAGAGUUUUCUAAUGGAUCUUUUUAUCAUGUCCAUACUGUUUGCCAAGCUUCUGGAGCUAUAUCACAAACUUCAGUAUAUAUUGCCAUAUAUUGCACCAUGGCAAAUAGCAUGGGGAUCCUCAUUCCAUGUGUUUGCUCAGAUAUUUUCUAUACCUCACACAUCAAUACUUUUCUUCCAAACUGUAGCUACAUCCAUCUUUUCUACUCCACUGAGUCCAUUCCUUGGAAGUUCAAUUUUUAUUGCAUCGUAUACUAGACCAGUCAAAUUUUGGGAGAAGAACUAUAAUACAGAGAUAGUUGACCAUUCAAAUACAAGACUGAUAAACCAAAUGGAAGAAGAUCUAGGAAAUGAAGGUGCCAAUAAUCUGAAUGCCAUUUUUUAUGAGCAUCUUACAAGGUCUCUUCAGAAUUCUUUGUGUGGAGACUUAAUUUUAGGUCGUUGGGGGAACUACACUUCUGGUGAUUGUUUCAUUUUAGCAUCAGAAGAUUUGAAUGCAUUUGUGCACCUCAUCGAAACCGGAAAUGGCUUUGUUACUUUCCAGGUCAGGGGACUUGAGUUUAGAGGAACAUAUUGUCAACAAAGAGAAGUGGAAGCUAUUAUGGAAGGUGAUCAAAAUAGUGAAGAAUGUUGCUGCUGUCAUCCAGGUCAUUUUCCACAUGUGUUAUCCUGCAAUGCAGCUUUUAACUUGAGAUGGAGGACAUGGGAAGUCAUAAGAACACAAUACAUUCUAGAAGGAUACAGUGUCAUUGAUAACAAUGCAGCAACCAUGUUGCAGGUGUUUGACCUGCAGAAAAUUCUCAUCAAAUAUUUCAUGAAGAGUAUAAUAUACUUUACAGCACGUUCAUCCAAGCUGGCAGAGUGGAUAAAAAAUGAGACAAUACUGAAAGCUUUGUACCCUUACACUAAGUGGAAUUACAUUGUAACUGACCUUGCAAUCUUCAAUAUUAACGUUGAUGAAGACUACAUUCCUUGCCUGCAAGGCAUUACAAGAGCUAGCUUCUGCAGCGUCUAUCUGGACUGGAUUCAGUACUGCGCUAAACAAAGACAAAAGCCAGUAGACUGUGACGAAGAUUCCCCUUUGGUUACCCUUUCCUUUGGAUUGUGUAUUGUGGGUAGGAGAGUUUUAAGAACAGCAGCAAACCGUGUCUCCUUCAGUUUGGAUUCUUUUCUAUGUGGACUUCAUACUCUAUUUAAAGGAGAUUGUAGAGUUUCAGUACAAGAUGAAUGGGUUUUUGCAGAUAUGGACUUGCUGCACGCAGUCAUUUCUCCAGCAGUUAAAAUGUCCUUGAAACUCCACCAGGACCAAUUUGCAUGUCCAGAGGAGUAUGAAGAUACCAGCACACUUUAUGAAGCAAUUCAGACAUUUGAACAUAAAGUUGUAAUUUGCCAUGAGGGAGAUCCUGUUUGGCGUAAAGCUAUACUAUCUAACAAGGAAGAAUUGCUUACUUUGAGACAUGUCAUCAAUGAAGGAAAUGAUGAAUACAAAGUUAUUAUGCUCCACAAAAACCAUCUUUGUUUCAGAGUUAUUAAGGUCAACAAGGAAUGUGUUAGAGGACUGUGGGCAGGACAACAGCAGGAGCUGAUUUUCCUUCGAAAUCGUGAUCCUGAGAGGGGCAGCAUUCAAAACAACAAGCAUGUCCUGAGAAACUUGAUUAACUCUUCAUGUGACCAACCACUGGGCUAUCCAAUUUAUGUUUCACCAUUGACCACAUCUUAUGCAGGAACCCAUAGACAGUUAGGAAACAUGUGGGGUGGACCAGUUGUCUUGAAAACAAUUUCAAGCUGGCUCCGUUUACAGUGGUUGAGGAUAACAAAAGAAUGUGACUUAAGUCAUAAUACAGAAGGCAACAUUGAAGAUGUUGAUUGUGGGGAUGUUUCUUCGUUAGGUUACGGUCAGUCUCCUAGGAGCCAAGAUCAAUGUGCAGGAAAACCAAGCCACUUAAGUAAUGAAAAGUAUUCUAUGGAGACUAGAAGCCUUCAAACAGGCAAAAGAAAAUUCAGGAGUCGUUCAGUACAAGCACAUAAAUCAUUAAUCCCAGCAACCCCAGUUUCAAGCCGUUCAGGCUCAAAUUUAGAAAAGAUUCACCUUAAUCCUGAAAUAUUUGCAUCAGACUACAAGAAUGCAAACAGACUCUCUGUGAGCCAGCACUCCUUAAAUAAUUCUACUCUGUCACCAUUCCAACCUACUUCUGCACUUUCUAUAGCUGCACACAGGAAUCACAAGACCGCCAGAAUCCAGCAGUCUAGUCAGGCCUCCUCCACAAGCUCAACAUUAAGCUUCCUAUUUGGGAAGAGGAGCAUUUCUAGUGCACUAGUUAUAUCGGGACUGUCGGUUGCAGAUGGAGAAAAUACGAUAGACACACUGUCGUCCAGUAGUGUAAACAUCGUAAUGUGCCCUGACUCCAGAGGGGCAAAUCAUUCAACACAGAGUGCCUUUGACACUAGCGAUAACAGUGACGCCACCAAUAUUGGGCAAAUUGCAGAUGAAGAACACCCAGAUGAAACAGAUGUGACUCCUGAAUUGGAUUUAUAAUUUUAUUGAAAAAAUGUGCUGACCUAACAGCUGGGCAAAUGACUGGAUAAACAAGUUGUCAUUAUGAAUAUAUUUUGCUAUAUCUGACCUAUGUUGGAUUUAGGCAUGUAACAAAUGAAAUAUUCAGUUAGAUGUUAUCAAAACUGAAUAAUGCAUGAACACCUAUAAUUUAAGGCAUUAAUGUAAACAAUUAUUUCCUAUUUAAGGAUUGAAAUAUACUAUUUUUGCUUGCCACAUUUAAGUGUUUCAGAUCAUCCAACUAAUUUUAAUAAAAUACAAAGACAACAUGAGUAAACACAAAAUACAGCUUUUAAAUGAUCAUUUCAUUUAUUGAAGGUAAAGAGUUAAUCAAAACCUGUAUAGUCCAUGUGAAAAAGUAAUUUCCUCUCCA